AUGGUGAAACCUACUAAGGAUACAACAUUUUCUACCUAUGAAAUUUUGUGUCAAGUACAACCAGACACUCACCCUUCUGGUAUCUUUUAUGGUGACAACCCCUUAACUCAUGCAUUCUCAUUACUUUUGUUUCACCUCAUUCUUGUUUCUGCCAUCACACGUAUUGCUCGUUUCAUUCUUAAGCCUCUCAAACAACCUAACAUCGUUUCUCAAAUUAUUGGUGGUGUGAUUGUUGGACCUUCAUUUCUAGGAAGAAGUAAAUGGUAUCAUCGAUACUUGAAACCGGAAGCGGCGCAAUUCCUAAUGAGUAAUCUAGGCGUGAUGGGGUUCAUGUUUUUUGUUUUUGUCUAUGGCGUGAAAAUGGAUCCAAGUCUAAUGAGAAAAUCAGGAAAGAUGCAUAUAUCAAUUGCAUUGACCAGCAUAACAAUUCCAACCAUAGCAGUGUUUAUUAUAGGAGUAUAUUUAAGGAAAAUGAUGGACAAAGAACUAGGUUCAAUUUCAUCAAUAGGAGUAUUAGCAGGGUACUUAGGAAUAACAGCAUUUCAUGUUCUAUAUCAUAUUCUCAAAGAGCUUAACCUUCUAAACUCAGACGUCGGCCAAUUCGCGUUAGCAACAGCGUUAAUCAGCGACGCGUUUGGAAUUCUUAGCGUUAUAGUUUUUGAAGCAUCAAAACAGGGAGAAACAAAAUCUGAGAAUGCUUUGUGGUAUUUGAUGUCUAUUGUGGUUAUAUUUACAAUUUUAUUAGGUUGUUUUAGGCCAAUAAUGUUAUGGAUAAAUCAUAAAACACCAGAAGGACAGCAGGUGGAUCAAUCUUUGGUGGUUGGAAUUCUGUUGGGUGUUUUUGUGAUGGCAUUUAUAACUGAUAUGUUUGGUAUAGCAAUUGUUAAUGGGCCUUUGUGGUUGGGCUUGGCAAUUCCUGAUGGGCCGGGUUUAGGUGCAACAUUGGUUCAGAAAUGUGAGACUAUUAUGAAUGAGUUUCUUAUGCCAUUUUCAUUCAUUUUGAUUGGACAUCAUACUGAUUUUUUCGCAUUGGCUUCUUUUGAUUGGAAAAAUUUGAAACCUUUGUUUCUCAUGGUUAUUACUGGUUACUUGUUGAAAUUCUUUGUUACUUGGAUGGCUACAAUGUAUUGGCGCAUGCCAUUCAGAGAUGGUUUAACUUUUAGCCUCAUUAUGAGCUUACGAGGACAAAUUGAAUAUAUCUUGUUUGUGCAUUUGAUGGACAAAAAGAUCUUGAAUGUACCAGAAUUCACAAUGUUGGUGACAGUGACAACAGCAUUGACAGCAACGCUCACUCCACUAGUCUCCAUAUUGUAUGAUCCAACAAGACCCUACAUAUUAAACCAAAGGAGAAACCUUCAACACAAUCCACCAAGUGAAGAACUUAGAAUAAUGUUAUGUAUUCUAGACAUAGAAAGCACAAAUGGACUCAUUCAUCUACUUGAUGUCACAAAUCCAACCUCAACCAACCCUAUUUCAGUUUCUUGUCUUAGACUAUUCGAGCUCUCCGGUCGCGCAACUCCUUUAUUGAUCGAUCACACAAUACAAGAAGCUCCUCAGAUAUAUAAAUGGACACCCAUCAUAAAUGCACUUCGAAGUUACCAACAAAUCAAACAAGAGUUUAUGAAAAUCCAAUUUUUCACUGGCGUAGCUCCCAAGCAAUCAAUGUUUCAAACCAUCUGCGAACUCUCCCUCGAACAAGAAGCGUCGCUAAUCAUUUUACCUUUUAUAAAUAGAGGCUUCUAUUACCAUGGAGUAAGAAGGACGUUGAAUUCACAAGUGUUGGAUAAUGCUCCUUGUUCUAUUGCAAUUCUUGUUGAUAAAGGUCUUCUUGGAACUUCCGUGCCUACAACCGGGAAUUCAAUGAGGCAUAGUAGACAUCGAUUUGCUGUCUUGUUUUUCGGAGGUGCAGAUGCAAGAGAAGCACUUGUUUACGCGGAUAGAAUGGUUGCGAACGAGGAAGUAUCACUCAUGGUGAUACGGUUUCUGUCGUACAACAAUGUAGGAGACAAUGAAAUGGAGAAGAAGCUUGAUGAUGGAAUAGUAACAUCCUUUUGGGUGAAGAAUGAGAGGAAUCAAAGAGUGGCAUAUAAAGAGGUUGUGGUUAAGAAUGGUGAAGAAACAAUAGGAGCAAUUCAUGAUAUGAAUGAUGGUAGUUUUGAUCUAUUGAUAGUUGGAAGGAAACAUGGGAUAAACCCUAAUAUUCUUACAGGGUUAUCAGAAUGGAGUGAAAGUGAUGAGUUAGGGCUCAUUGGUGAUUAUGUUAGUUCUCAUGAUUUUAUUGGAUCAGCUUCUGUUUUAGUGGUGCAACAACAAGUUCUAAGAGGUUAA